CAGCACAGGCUCUGCCCAGUAGCAGUGUCGGGGGUGUGCACAGUCGCUGGUAGACAGCUCUUCGAGCAGGGCAGGACCGAGUCAGGAGCUCGCGAGUCCAGCUCAGACGACCUUUGUUUCUUCACUCUCCACGGACCGCUCUCCCUUCCAUCAUGCGCGAAAUAGUGCACCUGCAAGCCGGACAGUGCGGCAAUCAGAUCGGAGCAAAGUUCUGGGAGGUAAUCAGCGAUGAGCACGGCAUCGACCCCACAGGGACGUAUCACGGCGACAGCGACCUGCAGCUGGACCGGAUCAGUGUGUACUACAAUGAGGCUAGCGGUGGGAAGUAUGUUCCCAGGGCGAUCCUGGUAGACCUGGAGCCCGGCACCAUGGACUCAGUCCGCUCUGGUCCUUUUGGACAGAUCUUCCGGCCGGACAACUUUGUGUUUGGCCAGAGUGGCGCCGGCAACAACUGGGCAAAGGGCCACUACACAGAGGGGGCGGAGCUUGUGGACUCGGUCCUGGACGUGGUGAGGAAGGAGGCUGAGAGCUGCGACUGCCUGCAGGGCUUCCAGCUCACCCACUCCCUGGGCGGGGGCACGGGCUCCGGCAUGGGCACCCUGCUCAUCAGCAAGAUCCGGGAGGAGUACCCCGACCGCAUCAUGAACACCUUCAGCGUGGUGCCCUCCCCGAAGGUGUCGGACACGGUGGUGGAGCCCUACAACGCCACCCUGUCCGUGCACCAGCUGGUGGAGAACACGGACGAGACCUACUGCAUCGACAACGAGGCGCUCUACGACAUCUGCUUCCGCACGCUCAAGCUGACCACGCCCACCUACGGCGACCUCAACCACCUGGUCUCCGCCACCAUGAGCGGCGUCACCACCUGCCUGCGCUUCCCCGGCCAGCUCAACGCCGACCUGCGCAAGCUGGCCGUCAACAUGGUGCCCUUCCCCCGCCUGCACUUCUUCAUGCCGGGCUUCGCCCCCCUCACCAGCAGGGGGAGCCAGCAGUACCGCGCCCUCUCCGUGCCCGAGCUCACCCAGCAGAUGUUCGACGCCAAGAACAUGAUGGCGGCGUGCGACCCGCGCCACGGGCGCUACCUGACGGUGGCCGCCGUGUUCCGCGGGCGCAUGUCCAUGAAGGAGGUGGACGAGCAGAUGCUGAACGUGCAGAACAAGAACAGCAGCUACUUCGUGGAGUGGAUCCCCAACAACGUCAAGACCGCCGUCUGCGACAUCCCGCCCCGCGGCCUCAAGAUGGCCGCCACCUUCAUCGGCAACAGCACGGCCAUCCAGGAGCUGUUCAAGCGCAUCUCGGAGCAGUUCACCGCCAUGUUCCGCCGCAAGGCCUUCCUGCACUGGUACACCGGAGAGGGCAUGGACGAGAUGGAGUUCACCGAGGCCGAGAGCAACAUGAACGACCUGGUGUCCGAGUACCAGCAGUACCAGGACGCCACCGCCGAGGAGGGCGAGUUCGAGGAGGAGGGCGAAGAGGAGGUGGCCUAAACUGCCCCCCCCCCCCCAACCAACCUCCUGCAUCCCGCUCUCUGUCUCCACCCCCUCGCAUUGUUUCUGAAGUGCAGGAGCACCCUGUACACAACAGUCUCCCUUCCACAUCAAUAAAAAAGGGGUUUUUAAGUCA